AUGCGACUCUGGGAGCUGCAUAUCGCCACGUUCUUCUCGGCCCUGCCGGCGGUCGAGCGGCGCCUGCGCUCGGCACGUGCCGCUCCCGUGGCCUCUCGCGUGCCGCCGCGGCAGCUACAGCUGCUGGAUAGAAGGCUGCAGACGGCCCGGACUGGAGCCGUCCAGCGCGCCGCCCGGCUCAACUAUGUGGUGCACAGGUACCGGGUCAUCACCCACCUCACUAUCGUCGAGGAGACGGUCCGCGUGUGGGCGGUACGGCUGGCGCGGCGCGUCCCCGACCCCCAGCAGGCGGCGGAGGCAGCUGAGCUGGUGGCCGACGGCGGGCUACUGAGGGACUUUGACCGGCCGCUGCUGGACAUGAGACGGGCUACUGAGACACUGGUCACCGACGGUGGCAUUUCCACGGAGGAGAAGGCGGCAGCCACCCAGUUCGUUGACAAGGUCACGGCCAAGUGGCAGCCGCUGUCGGCAGAGGUCCAGUCGCUGACAUACAUACUGGAGGAGAUGUUGGUGGACGUGAAGAAAAUGACGCCGGCGAUGACCAACCCAGAGGCAGAGGAGCAGCAGGUGGCCGUACCAGAGGCGGUGCUGGCUCCGGUGGCCCGGCCUCAGGAGGGUGAGGAGGGCACCCAGUCCACGGACUUGAUGACGGACUUGGACGGCAUCAUCAGUCAGCUGGAGGGUCUGCAGGAGCGUGUCACCGGGCUCAAACAGGUGGCAGAGGUCCGACAGCAGCGCAACAGAGAGGCGCUGGCGAAAUCCACCUAUCCGACUCCGUCAGCCCCUGCCGUAGCGGAGGUGGUCCCUGCACCUGAGCACAGCAGCGCAGUGAACCUAGCGGCUCCUGCACCCGAAGACAACAGCACAGUGGACGCGGGUCGUCCAGCCGCUGUCCUAGAGAGUGCGACGCCCGUCCUAACUACAGAGACAGAGCCCGUCCAGUCGCCGCCGUCCGAGACUGAGGGACUAGCCGAGCCUGCCGACGGCUGGGCCCGGUUCUCCGCGCUCCAGCAGAGAGUACAGCAGUGGCUGCAGCAGCACGAGCCACUGGUCCAGCAGCCGAGAGUGAUCAACUCACUGGACGAGCUGAAUGAUCUUCUUGCCCGGCACCAGGCCGGUGUGAGCCAGUGUGCCGAGAUAGCCCAGCACCUCUCAGAGAUGACUGCUCUCCAGCCGAGCCUGCCACCGCGCGAGGCCGGGCCGUCCGCCGAACAGCUACUGCGGGACUGCCAGCAGAGGAAGACAGACACGGAGACGGCACUCAGGAGACGGGUGCUGGUGCUGCAGGAGACGCUGGAGCUGUGGCGGCGCUGCGAGCUGCUGCUCUCCGACGUCGAGGUGUGGUGUUCAGCCGCGGAGACGGAGUUGGGCUCCCCGGCGGCACUGGCCGGCCCCCUGCGCCUCCAGCUGGCUGCGGUACAGCCGCUGUCGGCAGAGAUCGCGAGCAGGGAGACAGAGGUCGCCAGGGAGGCUGAGCGGCUCAUGCUGCUGUUCGGCUCGGAGCAGCUGUCGGGCGCGCUGACGCUGACGUCGCGGCGCGCGGAGCUGCAGCAGCUGCUGAGCCAGCUACACGUGGCGGCUGAGGAGCGCUGCAGCCGGCUGACGGAGAGCCUCGCCCAGCUGGACCGGCACAGGCAGGAAGUGGAGCGUCUACGAGCUCAGUUGGAGGAAGUCUCACCCAAUGUCAGUGUAGUUCAGACAGAAGUGCUGCCAAUCACGGUCGAAACGAGAAAACCAGCUGAAACUACUGAAGGAACCGUAGAGGAGGCUAGACCUGCCGGAAAGGAUAUGGAAUCAGAGGGAACCCAGCCAGAGAAGGCAACACAGCCAGAGUCGAAGAAUGCACAGACGGAUACUGCUGACAAAACACUCUACCUAGCGGUAACCGCUCACAGAACUGAGUCUGCCGUGCCGGUGGAGACGACCACCACAGUAGUGCCGCUGAAAACCACCCCGAAGGCGGUCCAGCUGAAAAAGUUCAAACGGCUGGGCACAACGAUCGUGAAGAAGCUCAAAAAGCGUCUGAGACCGUCUCCGGCGGAUGUGAAACCCACGGAGUCUAUCACUGGAGAGGCAGACGCGGCUCCUAAACUGUCCCAGCCCGCCGAUGCAGCCCAGAACACUGAGACAUCGCCUACACCGACUGGCAUGUCCGAGCCGUCAACAGGCGGUGAGGCGAGCCGGGUCUCCGAGACACCCGUGAGGCCGCCGCGGACACGGGAUGCGACUACAACAGACCACUUGCGGACACUGGAUGCGACUACGGAUCAGUCGGCGCUGCCGGCCUCGGCUGAG